AUGAAUUCCGAUCUCGAGCAAAAAGCUAAAUCUAUUCUUGCCAAGGAUACAGAGAAUAUUCCAUUAUUUUGGCAGAAUAAGUAUCGAACAGAUGCUGCCAAAAAUUGGGACUUGUUCUACAAGAGAAAUACUACCAAAUUCUUUAAGGAUAGACAUUGGAUCGGAAGAGAGUUUGAGGAGCUAAAUGAGACCACCAAACAAAAGAAAGUCUUAGAAUUAGGCUGCGGAGUUGGCAAUUUCAUCUUUCCCGUGCUCGAGGCCAAUCCAUCUCUUUUCAUAUAUGCAUGUGACUUCUCUAAGCGAGCAAUAGAAUUUGUCAAGUCACAUCCCCAAUAUGACGAAUCAAGGUGUAACGCUUUUGUAGUUGACCUAACCAAAGAUGAUCUCGUUCAACAUAUCGAGCCGGAAACGAUUGAUCUUGUAUCUGCGAUUUUUGUUUUUUCAGCCAUUCCCCCCGAAAAGCAUGCUGACACGCUCAGGAAUAUCAAAAAAGUAAGCAACCUUGACUUGGCUCGAAAUUUAGACUAUGGGAUCUACGAUGCAGCUCAGUUAAAAUUCUCAAGCGCUAAAAAUCAUAAACUCGAAGAAAACCUUUACAUUCGACAAGAUGGCACAAUGUCAUAUUUCUUUUCAAUCGAGUACCUGAAAACUUUGUUUGAAUCAGAGGGAUUUAAAACUAUUAGUGCUGAGUUCAUACAGCGUGAGACUACAAACCAAGCAAAGCAUUUGAGCGUGGACAGACUGUUUGUGCAAGCAAAAUUUCACAAAGUGCAAACAGGCAGUAAUGAGGAUAGUGACGAUGCAAAGACUAACGGAAAGGAGUCAAGCGAUGGAUUCGGGUAG